AUGAAGGUCCAACUUUGGGUAGUCGCAGUACUUUCGGCCUUAGUUCUCGUUCAAGCGAACGAGAAGAAGGCUGAUGGGAAAACAUUGGUCGACAAAAAGGAAAAGAGAGGAUUAUUCGAUUUGGGAUAUGGAGGAGGAAGUUUUGGAGGACAUGAUUUAGGUGGUGGAAGUGGAGGAAAUUUGGGACAUGGAUUUGGAGGAGGUUUAGGGCAUGGAUUAGGAGGAGGAUUUGGAUCAGGUGGAUUUGGAGGAGGAGGAUUGGGCGGAAGCAUUGAAACACAAGAACAUGUUAAGCACAUAACCAUUCACAAGGAAACACCUUAUCCAGUACCACAUCCAGUUCCAUAUCCAGUUGAGAAAACUGUACCAUACACUGUCAAGUAUCCAGUUCAUGUACCAGUUGAUAAGCCAUACCCAGUUCAUGUACCAAAACCAUACCCAGUCCCAGUAGAUAAACCAGUACCAUACACUGUUGAAAAGACCGUCCCAUACCCAGUCAGUGUACCUGUAAAGGUACCAGUCCCACAUCCAUACCCAGUACCAAUUCCAAAACCAGUUCCAUACACUGUUCACAAGCAAGUCCCAUACCCAGUCAAGGUACCAGUCAUCGUACAUAAGCAUAUUCCAAUCUACGUUAAAGGACAUGAUAGUGGAAUUGGAGGAGGAUAUGGUGGAGGAAUUGGAGGCGGAUUUGGAGGCGGAUUCGGUGGAGGACAUGGAUAUGGACACCACAAGUUAACAGUCAUUGUUCAAUCUCUCAUCAGUAUCAAUAUGAAGUUCCAACUUUGGGUAGUCGCAGUACUUUCGGCCUUAGUUCUUGUUCAAGCGAGCGAGAAGAAGGUUGAUAGGAAAACCUUAGUCGACAAAAAGGAAAAGAGAGGACUAUUGGAUUUGGGCUAUGGAGGAGGUAGUUUUGGAGGACAUGAUUUGGGUGGCGAUAUUGGUGGAGAUUUAGGACAUGGAUUUGGAGGAGGAUUUGGUGGAGAUUUGGGACAUGGAUUAGGCGGAGGACUUGGUUCAGGUGGAUUUGGAGGAGGAGAAGGAGGGUUUGGAGGAAGCAUUCAAACUCAAGGACAUGUUAAGCACAUCACCAUCCACAAGGAAACACCUUAUCCAGUACCACAUCCAGUUCCAUAUCCAGUUGAGAAGACUGUACCAUACACAGUCAAAUAUCCAGUUCAU